AUGAAUACAGUACCACUUCUUUGUUUGCUCUACUCACUCCUUGUGAUUUCGUUUUCUUCUCCUCUACCACGGUCUGCAAUGAGUGAGGCUGCCAAAUCUAAAGGGCUACGUCGAGUGAAACGCCAAUUCUUUGGUUAUCCUCGCUUUGGCGGCUACUAUCCUCGUCGAUUUGGUGGCUUUGGAGGAGGCUAUCCUCGCUUUGGAGGAGGUUAUCCUGGCUUUGGAGGUUUUGGUGGCGGAUAUCCUGGAUUUGGAAGCAGCUGGGGAAGCUCGUUUGGUCUUAGCGUCAAUCUCCAAAUCGGAGGGUAUAACAACGGGUAUCUUGGUGGAUUUGGCUAG